GUCACUGUCAAAAUCGUUGCGGUUGUGAACUGUUGGUGGAGUAAUAUUACUGUCAAUAAAACAAUCUUUAUUUAAUAUUUAAUAGUGUAUUUUGUAUAAUUCUACAAUAUCCUCAUGGGUUCUUCCCAUAGCACAGAAGUGCCUGGAGGCGGCACUGAUGGAUAUCAUAUUUUGCGGGUGCAAGACGGUUCUCCGGGUCAAAAAGCUAAUUUGGAAGCUUUUUUCGACUUUAUAGUAGCCAUAGAAAAUACUAGAUUGGACCAGGACAAUGAUACUUUAAAAGAACUACUAAAGCAAAAUGUUGAUAAAUCUAUUAAAAUGUUAAUAUACAGCAGCAAAACCCAGUCUGUGAGAGAAGUAAUGGUUACACCUAGUGCUGACUGGGGUGGGCAAGGGUUGCUGGGAGUGAGUAUAAGGUUUUGUUCCUUUGAAGGAGCCACUGAAAAUGUAUGGCAUGUGCUGGAAGUUCAUCCAUCUUCACCUGCAGAAAUGGCAGGAUUGAAGCCAUUUUCGGAUUAUAUUAUUGGAGCUGAUUCAGUUAUGCAUGAAAGUGAAGAUUUUUUCACACUUAUUGAAGCUCAUGAAGGUAGAGCUUUAAAGUUGUAUGUUUACAAUGUGAACGAUGACACUUGCCGAGAGGUCAAUAUCACUCCCAACCACAAUUGGGGAGGAGAAGGAAGUCUAGGGUGUGGCAUUGGUUAUGGGUAUUUACACAGGAUUCCUAUUAGAAAUAUUUACCCCAUGCCGGGACAGAAUCCUGCAACAGCUAUGGAUACUGCACAGCUUACAUCAAAUUUGUACAAUAUGAAUAUCAACGAAAGUAAGCCCUCUGGACCACAGACCUUCAAUGUACAACCAGAGCCUAUACAAACACCACCUCCUUUCUUGUCUGGUGUGCCGAUGGUAAACCCUGGAAACUAUACCACUGCUAGCUAUGUUGAUAAACCUCUUCCAAGUCAAGACAUUCCGCAGCCGCCAUUGCAAUCACCACAAAUGCCUGUGAUACCACAAUCGUUGCCACAGCAACCCAUCUCUCAACAGUCUAUUGUAUCCAAUAUGGCUGCCUAUUCUAGCAAUUUAGCAGACACAACCCUGACCAAUUUAGGAAGUAUACCGUCCUUUUCCAAUAUGCAGCCUCCAGCGCCGCUACCGAGUUUGCCAGGUAUUCCUAUGAAUCAACCUCAGCCUUAUAUACCAAUGAUGCCUAGCUACUCGCCAAGUACUGCUGUGUAUCCCCAAAAUGCUGCACCGGUUGCCACAUUUGAUGUGAGCAGCUUCGCGCCGACGCCCAUGCAGCCCCCGCCGGUGUCCAGCGGGCCCUCCAUGGUGUUGCCGGUGUCGUUACCGGGAAUGCCACCCAUAACAGUGAGCGUGCCUGUUUCUGCUAUGCAAGGUCUACACCAGCAACAGUCACAACACCAACAACAAGAUUUAUUAUCAUGAAAUGAUAUCUAAAUUGUUUGCAUUUUAUAAAUAUUAUUGUUAAGCAGAAAAUUGUCUUAUUUGCUGAUAUUCAUGUUACUUUUAUUUAAAUGUUAUGUUCAAAUCACGUACAAUUAUGCUGCUGGAAGGCUCCUAAAGAAGAAAUUCAUUUGUAGAUUUUAAAGAUGUGCAAUAUAGUUUUGUUUUGUUUGUUUACUCUAACAUGACUAGUGUAUUUCAGUUAUUGACAAUUUAUUAA